AUGGGCAGGCAGGGAGAUAAUGAUGCAUUUGCCAUGGGAUUCGAGGGCAUUAAAAAGGCUGUUAAGGAGUAUGCGGAGGGGUUUAGGGACGCAAAUUUUGAAAAUACAGUGAAGGGGUGGAUUCAGAAGAUUUUGGAAACAGAGACUAUUGUGAAAGAGAAAAUUGAUGGGUAUUUAAAAGACAACACGAAGGAACAGCCCGGCAGGAACUUUACGCUGUCGAUAACCAUAAAAGACAAAAUAAAGGCUGAUGUUUUGAAUCCGACAAGCUACGGCAAUGAAAAGUCCCAAUAUAAGCUUCAAGAAGCCAUCAAGCUUCUACUUCAUCAACUCGUCGGUGCGGCCAGAGGGGCAGCUAAGGAGCUCCACUCUUUAGCACUCGAGACCAGACCACCCGGGUCCAGCCCAGGAAGCAUUGCAGAGAAAAUAAAAGAAGCACAUACAAAUGUUAAGUCACUUAACGGUCAGCUUGACACGGCGACUGGGAAAAUCAGCGGCAGGGCGUCUGGUACCAACCCUAACCACGCCCAAGCCGUCGACAAAGCGAUCGAAGCGGUGGGCGCCACGCUCGAGCAGCAGUUGCCGAACGGCAGUGAUAAUACUCAUGUCAAGCUUAAGGACGCCACAAGUUUCAGCCGUUACAACACGCACGUCUCCCAAGACGAAGAGGCACUGAAAGCCCUUGCGUCCGGUAACCUAGAGAAUAUAAAAGGCGCCCUUCCAGAGGCGAUCAAGGGGAUCAGGACGCAGGUGGAGACGGACUUCCAAGCUGUGAAUGCCGCUACUAAAAAUAAGAAGGAAUUCGCAACAUUGUCCGAAGCCAUUACCUCCAAUCUGAAAUCUCUCACUGAUACCGUAUCACAGGUCGGCCAAAAAAUCAACGCCAAAUUGACUGAGCUUAAGAGUAAGAUCGGUAAAAAGGAACACGGUAAAUCUGCUACGGAUAACACACUUCAAAAAAUACAUGAAAAUCUUGAAAAACUACUGAACAAUGAAUUGAAUACAGCCAUCCAAAACACCGACAAUCUCCUUAAAAGUGAAGUUUCCAAAUACCAACAACAAUGCAUCCAAUCACUUGAAUCCCACGUGGACUCCGAAGUAAAAGAAGCCAUCGAGAAACUCACCACCCAGGCUAAUAAAAAUUAUGUAACAUCUAUCAAAGAGAUGCUGAAUGCAUUCGCCGAUAGGGUGCAAAAGGAAUUGAAGCCUCUGCCUAAGGAUAUCGACACCGACCUGAUUACGGGCUUUAAGGGUUUCAUGAGGACUGUGCAAGGUGUCAUUUCGGAUAACGACACUUCGAGUGUACAUAUUAAUUUGCUCAGCAGUCUUGCAAGUGAGUCCACUGACACAGCUGAGCAGAAAGCACAACUCUUCAAAACGCUGUCUACAAAAUUCAAGGAAUUCGUCGGGCCACUAAAAAGGUAUUUGGACACGGAGAUCAAGAGACUCUAUAAAGACAUCAACGCAAAGAAGAAUCCUCCCGUAAUUAUCAAAGACACCGAUAAACAUCCUUACGCCGACGCACUUGACGCCGUGCAAUCCAAACUAAACACUCUCCUCGACGAACUUCACAACUCCAAUCACUUCACUCACAGUCUCACCUUUAAUCUUGGUAAUCUUAGCAGUGCACUUCAUAGUUUAGUUCCGACAAAUUUCGAGGGCCCGUGCAACACGCUGCUCGACGUUCUAAAAACAGGCCUGACAGGGAUGCACGCUGAACUCAAAAAGGCGUACGUGUCGGUGUAUGACGAUGCCAAAAUAGACUGGGCAGACGAGAAAAAUCCCGAAAAGGAGAAAUGCGCAAAAAUUCUGGUUACUAUUAUGGAGACGGUGCGCUAUCAGCUGAAUAGGUUACAGAAUGGGUGUAAGAGUGAUAAAAAUAAAACGCACAAAUUAACUUAUCGAACGGCCUAG